AUGUCGUCGCCCAAUAGAAGAAGAGACUUGGAUUUGACCAAGCUGAUGAUGAGUAACUACGAGGUUACCAUGUCACCUGAUUCAAUGGCAGAGUUCACAGUCACUUUCAAUGGUCCUAAAGACAGUCCAUACUUUGGUGGAACGUGGAAGGUACGAGUUGAACUACCUCCAAAUUAUCCUUACAAGUCACCUUCAAUAGGUUUCCUGAACAAGAUAUAUCAUCCAAACGUUGACUUGGCCUCUGGGUCAGUAUGUUUAGAUGUUAUCAAUCAGACAUGGAGUCCAAUGUUCGACCUGAUCAAUAUAUUCGAAGUAUUCCUUCCCCAGCUGUUAUUAUAUCCGAAUCCUACCGAUCCUUUGAAUGGAGAGGCUGCCUCCAUGCUCCUAAAGGAGCCAGAGAAGUUUAAGCUGAAGGUUAAAGAGUUUGUAAAUAAGUAUGCAACAAAGAAUGCAGAGCAAGAGGAUAGUGAAUCAGAGAGCGAUCUAAGUUCAUACACAGAUGACUCUGAUGUUAAUCUUGACGACAGUGACAAGGAUGACGAUGGCGACUCAAAGACAAAGUUCUCAAUCGAUCUAUAG